AACCUUAGCUUCCUGGACGAAGGCUACCACCCGGUCUGCGUGGUGAUGUCCCUCAUGGUCAUCGCGCAAGCAAUUUUGCCAUCUUCCUAAUACCAUCGACAGCAUUGGCCUAGCCCCCGCAGUGGGUACGCGCCAUCGUGGAAGUAAAUCCAAUCCAAUCCAAUUCAAACGAGCAACCAGCCAUGGAACUGAACCUUAGCUUCCUGGACGAGGGCUACCACCUGGUCUGCGUGGUGAUUUCCCUCGUGGUCAUCGCGCACACCGUCCUCGACGUGGGCGUGAACAGCGCCGACAUGGUGACCAGCCUCGUUCAGGAGUGUAUCAUGUUCGCUUUCCACGUGGUGCGGCUCAGGCCCGUCUCCGGCGUGUUGCUCGCGGUGGCCGUCUGGCUCCUGGACAUGACGUACCACCUGUGGUUCCUCCUGGUCAACGGAACGCGAGUCGUGUCCAACGUGUACUUCAAGAGCGAAUCGCUGGACGCGCUGCUCUACGCCAACUUCUUCCUCUUCCACCUGCUCAUGCUCAGGGGCCUGUCUGCGGGCAUUCACGGCACGGGAGACAACGUGAUCGCCGACGAAUCCAGCCCGCAGCAGGAGAUGUCUGGAGGAUGACCGACACCGCGACGACAAACAGAUUACGUCCUCACUGUGGUCUCGAAGACUCUGCGAGAACGACAAGAGGCGCCAUUAAAAAAUUUUUGUUUUACUAUA